UUUUUGCAUGAAAAAAAAAAACACUCUAAAACUGCUGAUUAACGUACGUUAUGGGCUAUGUUAUGACUAUUCAUAUUAGUUAUACAGCCAGUCACCCUUAAAUCCGGUAAAAAAUCUUUGUGAAAAUGAGUUUUUAUGAACGAGAGGAAUUGGGAACCACAACUGUCGCUCUACAUUUCCGGUUUUAUCGCAACAUGGCGGCCGCCAAGAGGGGUAUUUUGUCAAGAGACCAUGGUCUCUUGAUUUUGUGCAUAGUCUGGCUUUUCUUAUUUCUCAUAGUUGCCGAUUCUAUCAAUGCUGUGAAGAAAGACAAAGAAAAAGAUAAGACAGAGAAAGUCAAGAACAAGAUAGGGAAGAGUGUGUUAGACUACAGUGAAGCCGAUAUUGAAAAACUUCUAGACCAAUGGGAUGAGAAUGAUGAUGAUCAAGAGGAUGAUGAUAAAUAUGAUGAUGAUGAUCCUCGUAAACCAAGUCCCAAGAUGUCUCAGCUGGAUCCAAGUAAAAUCAAGGAUGAUCCCAUGGCAUUCAUAAAAAUGUCCAAAAAAGGCAAAACUAUCAUGAUGUUUGCAUCAAUAGCAGGAAAUCCCUCAAAAAAGACAACUGAUACAAUAUCACUUAGGUGGCAAUCCAGUCUACAUAAUGCACAUCUAGAAGUACAGAGGUACAUUGUUGCAGAUGACCGGAUAUUAUUUCUUCUGAAAGAUGGUAGCAUGGCGUGGGAUGUAAAGGACUUCCUUGUCACUCAGCCUGAGUGUAAAGUAGUUGAAUUUGAGAAUCAAAAAUUCCCUGGUGUUGGUGCAAGCCCUGCUGACUCUAUUAAAAGAAAAUCAGAGCUAUGACUCCAUUCCCUGCAUAGCUCAACAGUGCCAUGCGUGACCAUGAAGAAACCCUCCAAGUUGCUCUCCCAAGAGAGCAAAAGGUCAACUUCUGAGCCUCAAUAGAAACAUAAGAAAGCUCUGUUAAUGUGAUCAUAGCCCCUUUCUUUAUCAUGAUUCAGAUAGGUUUUCAAAACAUUUGUGCAAUUCUUUCCUUCAUUCCUUCUUUCUUUAUCAUGAUAUUAUGGUCUGAUGUAAUGACUGGAUAUGAUCCUCAUUUAGUUUUUCUUCAACUUUUACCCUUACAAAGAUUAUUUCCUAAAUGCCUUGCUCUUUUCCUGUGUAUGCUUUUCAGUAGCGAGACAGUUUGUAAUGGCAAAACAACAAGUAUAUGCACAUCUUUUUUAAAAAAUUCAAAACAUGUUGGAGGGGCUUUAUGUAUUGGGUAAUUGUCUUUAUAUACUGUAAGCAUCAACAAGUUAUCUUACAGUUCAGCAUGUCUUUAACUGAUAGCGGACUUGCGCUUAGAGAUCGUGUGACCUUUUGGAUGACAAACUAACAUGCAUUUAGCAGCAAGAAAAAGCAAAUCUUUUAGCACUUAUGAGGGGGUUAGUUUUUUUUAUUCAAAGAUUUCAUUUUUUCAUCUUGCAUGGCAGGCACUGUCAUUUCUGUGUUUAUUUUAGCUUGAAUUGCCACCAAAAGGUCAUAUGAUCUCUUAGUGCAAGUGCCUUGUCGAGCAACAAAAUCCUCCAAGUUGUCUCCCUUUCAAACAAUCCCAGGCACCAGAGUUGUUGCUUGAGAUGUGUUGGUUUGUUGUAAAAUGUGCAACAUUCAAAAAUUUUGUUGCAAGAAGUAAAUGCUUCUACUUUCUGCAACAAACUUAGGUGCAUUGGUAAUAUAAGAGAAAGGCCACAUGCUCAUAACUAAUUAUAGUUUAUCCAGAUUCUGUUUAAAAAGCCAUAAGGAUACAGUAUUGGGAGGAAAAAAUUCUCAAAUCAAUAUGUCGUUUGCUUCAAAUUGCUGUUAGAUUUUACUAACCUAGAUUUUACAGAUCAUUGAAAACCAAUAUGUCAAAACUCUCAUAGUCCUACCAUACAAAUCUUGAAGAAAGUAGCAAUGCUCACGUGGGUGAUAGAAACAGACCUAUCAAGUCUCCACUUUCAGCGUGAGACUUUUUUGAUGUUUCAGCAAUGCUGCCUUUAUCAGGAUUAACCGUUAAUCCUGAUGAAAUCACCAUUGCCGAAAACGUUGAAAAAAAUACAACCCAGUGAUUCAAGAAAUUGCUAUAUAUAUAUAUAAUCAUAGGAUAAUCACUGCACAGGACCAAAUACACUUCAGCGUGACAAUCAUGCAGUUAAAUAUUCAUUUGGGUUACAAAAAUUUCAAGUAAAAACGCUUUUCCUUUCUUUAGUUUAGGUAGGGAACCUCUAUGCCCCAUCUCUCACUCGCACAGCCCUCCACGCUAUGGCCGCUUCCCAGAAAUCUCACUCUUUCAGGAAAUUCUAACUUGAGAGGUCUGUAGAAACUAUAUUAAAAAUCAACCAGUUGUAGCAGAUAACAGCAACUGAGUGUUGUUUUACUCAUUCCGCAUCCCGGUUGACUAAUUAAACUUUGUCUUAGUGGCCAAGGUUGCAAUCACCAGCUUUUAUAUAAUUUAAAAGUAACAAGUUGAAUUGUUAGUGUAAAAACGCAAUGACUUCGUAUCCUCUGAACUUGUCAUUUAGUCUAUAACUAUUGUGUGAAGCGUUCAUAAAAAUUUAUAGUACUUCA